GUGGAUUUUGUCGUGUCGUUGUCGUUGUUCGAGGUUUUGCCAAGUUGAAAACUCUUGGAAAUGUUGUCAAGAUUCACAGAUGAGAUGUCGAUCUGGGGUAUCUUCAGGGUUCAGCAACGGCUUAUUGGAGGGGUUGUACUUCGUGAUGUCCGGUUCUCUGGGCAUCGUAAUAGCGGAGAAAGGUGAUGGAUGAUCAUGUCACCAUAAGGUUCUGUGUCAGCAAAAAAGCUUCAGGCUCGUGGACAUAAAAAGGAAUGGAUGGCACCGGGUAACACGCACUUCCGACCCCAUUGAUCAGAAUUGGAGCAUUUCAAAGUAUCACAAUGUAUUUCUCACUAUCCGUCAUCUCCUUCAUAGGAGCUCUCAUCCCUCUCUCAACAGCAUUUCAGAACCCCAUCCGAGCACCAGGACCUGACCCCUCCAUGGUUUACGCCGACGGGCAUUACUAUCUCACCUACACCUCCUACAACUCCAUAACCAUAACACGCUCCACAACACUAUCCGGUCUCAUCAACGGCGAAACCAAAACAAUAUGGACGGAUACCGACACCUCCAAAAACGCCAACAUGUGGGCCCCAGAAAUCCACCAGAUUGACGACACAUGGUACAUGUUCUACUCAGCCUGCAACGCCCAAGAAGCCUGCUGCGACUCCUGCAAAACCCGCGUUCUCCGCGGCUGCGCAGGACCCAACCCCUUCGACUGCCCAGCGUACAGCUACAUAAACGAGCUGAUCCCACCAGUUGGCAGUCAAGGGGGUCCGAAUGGAAAUUUCUCUUUCUCGAUCGAUGGGACGUAUUUGGAGAUUCCGGGCAAGGGAAGAUACCAUGUGUUGAGUAUUAAUGAUGAGAAUAAUUUGCAGUCGCUUGCUAUUACGGAGCUGGAUACGGAGGCGUGGACGGUGAAGGGCUGGAAUGUGAUUUCGGUGCCGGAUCAGGAUUGGGAGGUUACGGGGGUUCCGGUUAAUGAAGGGCCGCAUCCUUUGUACCAUAAUGGUGAAAUCUGGUUAUCGUACUCCGGGUCAUUCUGCGGAACGCCAAACUACUCUCUCGGCCUCCUCAAAUACAAUGGCGGGGAUCCACUCUUGAAAUCCUCAUGGAACAAAACAGGUCCGGUGUUCUCUCAAGCUAAUGGAAAUUAUGGCACUGGACACAAUUCUUUCUUCACAUCGCCUGAUGGGACUGAGAUUUGGGUAAGUUUUCUGGCACUUGUUCUUGUUGACUUAUUUCUGGAGGAUUGAGCUGAUGUGUGAAUGAUGUCAUAGAACUGUUUCCAUGCCACGAAGAAUGCUGGGGGAUCGUGUGGUGAUGAUAGAUAUACUUUGGCGCAGAUCGUGACGUUUGAUGAGAAUAACACUCCGAAUUUUGGGAUACCCCAGCCUUUGGAUGCUGUUCUUGUUGCUCCUAGUGGCGAGUAAACAGAUAGUGUGUGGGACAAUAACUGCUGGCCUAUAUA